AUGGGAUUAUUUGACGCCUUCCGAGAUGUGGGUGUGCUGGCGUGGCUGAGAGAGGGCCGGCAGUCCCGCAGACUCAUCCUGCUCAUCGUCUUCAUCGCCCUCCUGCUGGACAACAUGCUGCUGACGGUGGUGGUGCCUAUCAUCCCCAGCUACCUGUACACAGUGGACGACGAGGCGGCUGCUGCGGUGAGGAAUCACUCCAUCUCCUCUAACUCUCCCUCUGGCACCUUCCAGACCAUCGUGUCUUUGUAUGAUAACUCCACACGCCUCACCAACCUCAGCCCUCAGGUUGGUACCCCUACUGUGACCCCUGCGCUGACCCCAACCCCCACUCCGACCCCCAAUACCUCCAACUGUCGCAAAGCAGAUGAUCAGCUCUUGAAUGAGAACGUGAAGGUGGGGCUCCUGUUCGCCUCAAAAGCCACUGUCCAGCUCAUCACCAACCCCUUCAUAGGACCCCUCACCAACAGAAUAGGCUACCAGAUCCCCAUGUUCGCUGGGUUCUGCAUCAUGUUCCUCUCCACCAUCAUGUUUGCUUUCUCCUCGAGUUAUGCGCUGCUGUUUGUGGCUCGAUCACUGCAGGGCGUUGGAUCUUCCUGCUCUUCUGUAGCAGGUAUGGGGAUGCUGGCGAGUGUGUAUACAGAUGAUGAGGAGAGAGGAAAUGCUAUUGGCAUUGCGCUGGGAGGACUUGCUAUGGGAGUACUGGUGGGUCCUCCAUUUGGCAGUGUAAUGUACGAGUUCGUGGGGAAAGCAGCUCCAUUCCUCAUCCUGGCUGUUCUAGCAGUGCUGGAUGGAGCUCUGCAGCUAUUUGUACUUCAGCCUUCAAAAGUUGAGCCAGAGAGCCAAAAGGGAACUUCGCUGAUCACCCUCAUGAAAGAUCCAUACAUCCUUAUUGCAGCAGGCUCUAUUUGUUUCGCUAACAUGGCGAUCGCGAUGCUGGAGCCCGCUCUGCCCAUCUGGAUGAUGGAAACUAUGUGUGCCAGAAAAUGGCAGCUAGGUGUUGCCUUUCUGCCUGCGAGUAUCUCCUACCUGAUUGGGACGAACAUCUUUGCAGUCCUAGCCAAUAAAAUGGGGAGGUGGCUGUGUUCUCUGAUAGGGAUGCUGCUGGUUGGUGUCAGCAUCCUCUGUGUGCCUUUCGCUAAGGACAUCUACGGACUCAUACUGCCAAACUUUGGAGUCGGUUUUGCGAUUGGCAUGGUGGACUCCUCUAUGAUGCCAAUCAUGGGGUACCUGGUGGAUCUGAGGCACGUUUCUGUGUAUGGAAGUGUGUACGCCAUCGCUGAUGUGGCCUUCUGCAUGGGCUUUGCUUUUGGUCCCUCAGCUGGUGGUGCUAUAGCACGCAGCAUUGGGUUCCCCUGGCUAAUGACCAUCAUCGGCGUGGUGGACAUCCUAUUUGCACCGCUCUGCUUCUUCCUCCGCAACCCGCCUGCUAACGAGGAGAAAAUGGCCAUCCUGAUGGACUCUAACUGUUCUAUGAGAACGCGCUCCUACUCCACCCAGGGGUCCAGUUAUCAGAUGGGAGACGAUAUGGACCCAGACAGUCCGGAGUAAUUAAGCCCUGCCCCCUCCCUCUCUCUUUCUGACCACCCCCCCCACGGCCCCCGGCCAUGUAUGUGCCCUUCUAGAUUCUAUUUUGUUGUAAUAAAGAGGAGGUGUGGGGGGAAUAGAGACUUUAUCAGAAUAUCAGAACCACGUGGCCGAUUUUGUGAGAAAUGUCCCCAGUGUUUGUCCGGCGCCGCUCCGUGACGUUUAGCAUUCGUCCGUUCUGCUGAAACCAAAGCCGUUCUCAUUGUCCUUUAAACACGUCCAACCAACAGCCUUACCUGUUCACACAGUGCUGGGCCAGGCUUCGGAAACAGGGUCUUCAAAUACCUUUAAAGCCACAAGUAGGGAUACACUAGUAGCCUGUUCAUGAAGUAAUGUUCUUCUUUAUUUGAGGGUCCCAUUUUGAAGAGGAAGAUUUCAACCACUACCGCUUGUAACUCAGUUCCAAGUCGCAAGGUGACACUUAAAAACAAGGGGCAGCAAUUAUGAAGCAUUUUUACAGGUGCAUUUGUCCUUAAAUAUUCACAUCAUGUAAAAAUGGAAUUACAAGUUUUUUUUUCAUGGCAGCGACAAUACGUUCUACAGCUAUUCCACUCCAUUACGGCAGAAAUCUACUGCGGGGAAUAAUUUUUUUACAUUGUUUAAACAAUUUACAUAUUAUAAAUAUAAUCAACAGCCUUAUUUGUCAGAAAUCCCUGAUUGUGGCUUUAAAAUGUGAUCAUGAGGGUUAACUGCACUCCUUCAGCAUUACGAUAUUAAGGUUUAAGCUUUGAAACUUGUAUCAGUGCAAACAUUUUCCAAAGAUAUCGGUCAAAGUGAACAAUCAGACCUGAAGAAAUUAUUCAGAAAGCUUCAAAAGGAGUCGAAUUCAGUGCUGUGUGAUUAAAUGUAAUUUUUCAGUGUGUUAAAAUUGAGACUACAGUCGCUCGGUUGUUCUCUUUGAUAUUGAUGGCUGUUAUUCACAAACUAUCUUGAAAAGAAACCCAGUUAACAAAGUCUGUCUUUACAUGUGAGCUUGUUUAUCUUGAGACGGCUAAAACGAACCACAGUUUACCUUGAAAUGGCCUUAAAGUGUUUCCUUUAUAUUGUCAGAGGUGACUGUUCUACAAAGACCGCAUGGAGCAACAUGCCAGCUUUCAUGUUCUGUCAAAAAACGUCAUAAGCAUAAACAGAGUAGAUGGUA